AAAAAGAAAAUGGGAAAGGAUGAUGGCAGUUAUAAUAUAGUUCUUUCUCCCUGGGAUUCAGAGAGAAACAAAAGAGAGGAAUGCACAGUGCCAUGGCUAGUUUUCACAGCAAAACUGCCCCAGUAUUUCAAAAACACUACACAGAACCUUCAUGUAGAUACACAGGAAUCAACGAUGGUAGAAUUGGAAUCAAAGGUUGUGGCAAAAGUUGGAGAAUCAACAUAGGGAAAACAAGGCUUUUCAAGGGAGGAAGAGGGUCUGUGGUGCAAUGCUGCAGCUCUUCUUCAACCCCAUCAGCUGAGGAUCAAAGGGUAUUGAGGCUGGUUGGGAAGGUUGGGUUACGCGAAAAACCGGAGUAUGGUAAGGACCAGUUUGGCUGUUUGGUGAAUGAGUAUGGCUGGAAGGUGAGGAGAUUGGUUGAGGAGGAUGGUGAGAUGAGAAAGGUAGCUCAGGUUCAAGCCCAAGCUUUUCAUGUGCCUGUGGCCCUCUUCAAUGAUCUAUUCUUCGAGUUCUUUCAGGCUGAAGUGCUUUCUGGGCUUGUUUACAAACUUAGGAACUCACCUCCAGACAGGUAUGCAUGCCUGGUUGCUGAGCCUGCUGCUGAGACACAGCAGGAGGUUGUGGGGGUGGUGGAUGUCACAGCAUUGAGAGAUGAAGCUGUACUUCAGCAUCUUGGAGGAGCUGAAGAAUAUCUUUAUGUGUCUGGGAUAGCGGUUUUGAACGAUUUCAGGAGGCAAAAGGUAGCCACAGCUUUGCUGAAAGCUUGUGACAUGCUCUCUAUUCUAUGGGGCUUUGAGUACCUGGUCUUGAGAGCUUAUGAAGAUGAUUUGGGUGCUCGAAAACUGUACUCAAAUGCAGGCUAUUCAGUUGUCUCAGGAGAUCCGCCAUGGACAAGUACUUGGUUGGGGAAAAAACGCCGAGUUGUAAUGGUCAAACGCUCUAACCUUCUGGCAUUGAGGCCUUGACCGGAUGCAUUAAAACCCGAAAAAGGAAAAUUAAUCAAAGGAGAAACAGAGAUACAGAGAGCUAGAACGCAUUUACCAUGUUUCAAAUCCAUGAAAGAUGAAUAUCAGGAGGUGUCAUGGAGCAUCACAGUCAAACUAAAGGCCUGCUUUUCAGUUGCUAAUUCUAUAACUACACUUCUGUACCUUGAUCUGUUUUACAACAUUGAAAGUGAAAAUAAUAUGAAGUCAUGUUCUCUAUCCUA